UCUGUUUUUUCAUUGGUCUGUCGGAACCACAAGGUCGGUUGUCGUGCUGUUUGGGUGCAGCGGCUGUAAAAAUGGCAGCUGAUACAGGGAGAUACAAAAGUGCUGUGGGUAAAAGCAAGGAUCCUUCGGGAUUGCUCAUCUCCGUUAUCAGGACCCUGUCGAGCAGCGAUGACGUCCACGACCGUGAGACGGAGAAGGGGCGGCUGGAGGAGGCGUACGAGAACUGCGACCGCGCCCUGGACGAGCAGAUCGUCCAGCACUACACCGAGCUGACCACCGCCAUCCGCACCUACCAGAGCAUCACCGAGCGCAUCACCAGCUCCCGAAACAAGAUCAAGCAGGUGAAGGAGAACCUGCUGUCCUGUAAGAUGUUGCUCCACUGUAAGAGGGACGAGCUGAGGAAGCUGUGGAUCGAGGGCAUCGAGCACAAGCACGUGCUCAACCUGCUGGACGAGAUCGAGAACAUCAAGCAGGUCCCGCAGAAGCUGGAGGCCUGCAUGUCCAGCAAGCACUACCUACACGCCACAGACAUGCUGGUCUCUGCGGUGGAGUCGCUGGAGGGCCCCCUCCUGCAGGUGGAAGGACUGAGCGACCUGCGUCUGGAGCUCCACAGCAAGAAGCUCAACAUCCACGUGGUGCUGAUCGACGAGCUGCACCGCCACCUCUACAUCAAGUCCACCAGCCGCGUGGGCCACAAGGGCAAGGACAAGGACAGAGGCCGGCACGUAGGCUCGGGGGCCAAGGAGACGGCGGGCCUCCCCCUGCUGGACGUGGGCACCCUCUCCACCCCCCCUCGCAAGUUCACCGACUCCUCCCAGUUCAGCACCCCCGGGAGCUCCAGCAUGCGGGAGCUGCAGGAGAUGAGGGAGGACCUGGAGGUGGACCCGGAGGAGAACAGCGGGGAGUUCAUGGGCAUCCUCAUCAAGGGCCUGGCCAAGCUGAAGAAGAUUCCGGAAACCAUCAAAGCCAUCCUGGAGCGCCUGGAGCCCGAGCUGAAGCAGAUCGUCAAGAGGUCCACCACUCAGAUCGCCGACCACGCCUACCAGCGAGGGGAAAGCCUGUCCCAGGAUAACCAGCCCAGGCUGCUGCUGGAGCUGCUGGAGCUGCUGUUCGACAAGUUCAACGCGGUGGCGAGCGCCCACAGUGUGGUCCUGGGCCACCUGCAGAAGAUCGUGGUGUCCCCCACCGGGCCCCGGGAGGGCAUCAAGCUGUACGAGCAGGCGGACGUGUCCGCCAAGAUCCAGGCCGUCCUCCAGGUGCUGCUGAUGGACUACCUGGACGUGAAGAACACGCGCAGCGCGGCCGAGCCCUCGGCCCAGCUCUCCUACGCCAGCAGCGCCAGCGACUUCGGCGCCUUCUUCGCCAAGAAGAGGCCGCAGCGCCCCAAGCAGUCCCUCUUCAAGUUCGAGUCCUCGUCCCACGCCAUCAGCAUGAGCGCCUACCUGCGGGAGCAGAGGAGAGAGCUCUACAGCAAGAGCGGAGAGCUGCAGGGGGGGGCCGACGACAACCUGAUGGAGGGCGGGGAGAUGAAGUUCGUGUGCAAGCCGGGAGCGCGGAACAUCACCGUCAUCUUCCAGCCCCUGCUCAGGUUCAUCCAGGAGAUCGAGCUGAACAUGGGUCCCGGCCAGGCCAAGCAGUGCCAGCUGCGGUCCUUCCUCACCUACUACAUCAACGACCUCUUCCUCAACCAGGUCCGCACCGAGAUCAACAAGGAGAUCGAGGGCGUCACCAAGGUGUCCGACCCCCUCAAGAUCCUGGCCAGCGCCGACACCAUGAAGGUGCUGGGGGUGCAGCGCCCCCUGCUGCAGAGCACUGUGGUUGUGGAGAAGUCCAUUCAGGACCUGAUGACCUUGAUGCAGGACCUCAGCUCUUACUCCAACCAGUUCCUGGAGAUGGUGUGCGACAAACUGAAGGAUUACAAGGAGAUCUGCAACACCGCCUACAGAGGGAUCGUCCAAUCGGAAGAGAAGCUGACCAUCAGCGCGUCCUGGUCCAAGGACGAGGACAUCAGCCGCCUCCUGCAGUCCCUGCCCAACUGGGCCAGCAUGGCCACGCCCCGGGCCCUGAGGCAGAAGAGGGAGGACGAAGAGGAUUUUACCAGGGCGGCCUUCGCCAAGGAGUCGGAGGUGCUGACGGGUAACCUAGGAGACAAGCUGAUCCCCCAGAACGAAAUCCUGCGGGACGUGAGCGACCUGAAGGCCCUGGCCAACCUGCAGGAGAGCAUGGAGUGGCUGGCGGGGAGGCUCAAGGGCUUCUUCUCCAGCCUGCCCCAGGCCCAAAAUGCGUCCCCGGGCUCGGACGCGCAUGCGACCAGCGAGAACACGCGCAGCCGCGAGCAGAUCCUGCAGACGCUGACCGACCUCUCCAGGGCCUUCCAGGACAUCGCCGACCGCUGCCUGCUGGUGCUGCACCUGGAGGUCAGGGUGCAUUGCUUCCACUAUCUCAUCCCCCUGGCCAAGCAGGGGAACUACGCCAUUGUAGCCAAUGUGGAGAGCAUGGACUACGACCCCCUGGUGGUGAAGCUGAACAAAGACAUCAGCGCCAUUGAGGAGGUCAUGGGGGCCGCCCUGCAGCAGCACAAGUUCCAGUACAUCUUUGAAGGUCUGGGUCACCUCAUCUCCUGCAUCCUGAUAAAUGGGGCUCAGUACUUUAAGCGGAUCAGCGAGUCUGGGAUUAAGAAGAUGUGCCGGAACAUCUUCGUGCUCCAGCAGAACCUCACCAACAUCACCAUGUCCCGCGAGGCCGACCUGGACUUCGCCCGGCAGUACUACGAGAUGCUGUACAACAGUGCGGAUGAGCUGCUGAACCUGGUGGUGGACCAGGGGGUGCGGUACACAGAGCUGGAGUACAUCAACGCGCUGAGCCUGCUGCACCGCAGCCAGACGGGCGUGGGGGACCAGACGGUGCAGAACGUGCGGCUGCAGCGCCUCAAGGAGAUCAUCUGCGAGCAGGCCGCCAUCAAGCAGGCCACCAAGGACAAGAAGAUCACCACCGUCUGACGCCGUCGCUGUCGCCCUCCCCCCUCCCCCCGGCCUCCGCCAGAAUCGCUACAGAGCAGCCCCUCUUUACAUCAUUACAAGCCCCAGGUCUCCAGUGUUUGACUCUGAGGCUCUCUCCUCACCUCUCUGCACCUCCUGCACCUCCUCACCUCCUGCACCUCCUCCAGUGCCCCAGGUUACUAUAGAAAAUCCCUCUUUACUUUAUGACAAGCUCCAGAUCAUCAGUGUCUGACACCGCCUGUCCCUGUAAUCCCCGAGUCCUGCCCAGAGUCUGAAAUCACCACCGUCUGACACCCACACCCCCACACCCGCCCCCGCCUGAAACAGUGCAUAGCCCAGGUCACUGACAUUUCAGUACACCCUCUACCCUUUCACUGCCCAUGGAACACAUACACAUGCAUGCACGCACGCACACACACACACACACACACCCCCACACACACACACAUGCACAUGCACACACACACACACACACACCCCCACACACACACACAUGCACAUGCACACACACACACACACACCCCCACACACACACACAUACACAUGCACGCACGCACGCACACACACCCCCACACACACGCGCACACACACACGCACAUGCCCACACACAUACACAUACACGCACAUGCCCGUACCCGCACCCGCACGCACGCACAUGCCCACACACACGCACACACACAGCGCCCUGCGAUUCCACAGAUUAAGUCUUGCUUGACCCCUGCCGCGCGGCCCCCGCGGGGGGGGAGGGGGAUGGGGGGGGGCCUGCCGGACGCGUUUGGGAUCCGUUCUCAUUUCAUUUCCCUCUAAUGUCAAACCACUGCUUUCAGUUCCAGCGGUCCCUCCUCUGCACGCGCGUGUGUGGAGCCGCACAGGGCCGGUUAUAUCUGCAGCACCGAGGCCUCCGCUCCCACACCUGCAUCCGCUCCACCUCACAACCACUCAGCCGCUCUGCCCCCUGCACGUACGGAUGUGGAGAGAAAGAGGCUAAUCUGGAAUCCUCUCUGGCUGCGCGUAUGUUGGGUAAAAUGUGGCGUUAGGUAAAGCCUUGGCGUUAGGUAAACCGAGGCGUUGGGUAAAGCAAGGCGUUGGGUAAUGCAUGGCGUUUGGUAAAGCGAGGCGUUGGGUAAAGCGUGGCUUUAGGUAAAGCGUUAGGUAAAGCGUGGCAUUAGGUAAAGCGUGGUGUUGGGGGUCGUGGCGUGGUGUUGGGGGUCGUGGCGUGGCGUUGGGGGUCGCAGAACCGUGGCUCUCUCUUAGCCGGGCCUCGAUGCGGCGAUGCGCCCCCCUCAGAUCCACAACUUUUAAAAGUUUGCUUCUGUUCUUUGUGGAAGGAAUCAUUCGGUCCCCUGACGCUUUUAGUUCAUUAACUCUGCAGAAAAGUGCUUAAUGAGAGAGGGGGAGAGAGAGAGAGAGGGAGGGGAGGGGGGGGGGAGGAGAGGAAGGCAUGUCAAUACCGCACACAGGAGAGUGAGGCUGCGGCGGUGUUCCCGGAGCUCAACACCGCCAUCCAUCAUCGCCCCUCGCUGUCUGAAGUCCAUAUUAAAAACACGGGCGCGUAGCUGCGAGGGGGAUUAGCGUUCUCCUUUUUAAGAAUCUUGUUUUUGUCGAGUCGCCGGCGUUUCUGGUAGACGCUACGCGCGGCGGUAGCUGCCCAGGAUUCCCGCCUCUUCUCUAAGCGGUGCGGUUCUCGCACCCGUAGCCAAACCACAAAGCCCAGCGUGGCUCCACGGCGGUUUAGCGGUGUGUCUUCCCUGUGACGGCUGUCCAGUCGACUGUGCUCAGAGAUAGAAGUGUGUUUGACUGUGCUCAGAGAGAGAAGUGCGUGUGACUGUACUCCCUGACGGGAGUGUCUUUGGUUGUACUUAGUACGGUGAAGGUGGAAUGAAAAAGUGAUGGGUGAAUUUUUGACUGUACUCAGUACAGUGGGGUGUGGGGUGGAGGGAGGGGGGUGCUAAUUCCUAUUUACUCUUUCCACUACCCCCCCCCCCCCCCCAGAUGAACAGUGCCAUAUGUUAGUGGGAAGCCACUCUUGCAUCUCAAGUUGAACACUGUGCACAGGAACACUGAUAACUACAGGAAAAGGAACUAGUGCUCAAUAUUACUGCAUAAAGUACCAAUACUCCAUUAGUCCAGCGAAUGUUUGACAUUACUGUUUUGAUUUGUCAUUAUGUAUUUUAAUUUUUAAAACAUAAAACCAUUGUUCCUUACAUCUCACAUAUUAAAUAAUUGUUCAGUAAUUAGCUGUGUGGAAAUAAUGUACCGUGUGUUCGAUUCAGGACAUGCAUAAAAAGGUGUGUCUAAAGAAAUUGCCUUGAAGAGUUCAGUCCAUCAGCACUGAAUGUGAGUGAAAUCCCCGAUUUGGCCGUGUAUUCAGAUGUCAUAUAAAAUUAAACAAUGUAAAUGCUUAAA